AUGCGGAGGGUGGUCGUGACUGGACUGGGAGCCGUGACGCCGCUUGGUGUUGGCAUCCGUCGCACCUGGUCUCGUCUACUAGACGGCCACUGCGGCAUCGUCAAUGUGGCAGACCGCCAUCCGCGGUUCGCUGAGAUUCCCUCUCAGAUUGCCGCCGUUGUGCCACCGGGCACUCGCAAGGAUGGCGGAUGGAAGGCGUCGGAAUGGCUGACGCGAGAUGAAGAGCGGAAAAUGGCCCGAUUUGCGCAGCUCGCCAUGGCUGCAACCGAGGAAGCUCUCGACGAUGCUGCUUGGCGGCCUACAAGUACUGAGCAGCUUGAAGCAACGGGGGUUUGCUUAGGGUCCGGCAUAGGCAAUUUUGACGAGGUCUAUGGUACUGUCGUGGCUUUUGAGCAGAAUGGAUAUAAAAAAAUCUCGCCUCUGUUUGUCCCAAAGUUGCUGAUUAAUUUAGGGGCAGGACACAUUUCCAUGAAGUAUGGGUUUAUGGGCCCCAAUCAUGCUGUAACUACUGCAUGUACUACCGGUGCACACUCGAUUGGAGACGCUGCCCGUUUCAUUGCCUUUGGCGAUGCAGAUGUCAUGGUCACCGGUGGCGCCGAGUCUUGCAUCCAUCCUUUGGCACUAGGAGGCUUUGCGCGAGCGAGAAGCCUUUCGACGGGCUUCAAUGAUAACCCGACCAAGGCAUCGCGGCCGUUCGAUGCGGACCGGCAGGGGUUCGUCGUUGGCGAAGGCGCUGCUGUACUGGUUCUUGAAGAACUCGAGCAUGCCAAAGCACGAGGUGCCCAUAUAUACGCCGAGUUCAUAGGGUACGGCACAUCAGGCGACGCAUUCCAUUUAACAGCACCAAAGGAGAACGGCGCAGGCGCUCUGAAAGCCAUGCGCAAGGCGCUCAUGCACGCUAAAAUUCCACCAGCAGCCAUCGACUACAUCAAUGCCCAUGCUACGUCUACAGUAGUUGGCGACGCUGCUGAAAACGCUGCCAUCAAGGCUCUGCUACUUCAUGGUGCCGAUGGCGAGAGCAAACAGAAACCUGCCGACAUCAAUGUCAGCAGUACCAAGGGUGCUAUCGGGCAUUUACUAGGCGCCGCUGGAGCUAUUGAGGCUAUCUUCUCCGUGUUGGCGAUACAUGAGAACAUUAUGCCGCCCACCAUCAACUUGGAGAAUAGAACGCCCGACUUCAACUGCAACUACGCUGCCAAUUCGGCACAGGAACGGAAAAUCGAUACUGUCCUGACGAACAGCUUUGGCUUUGGAGGGACUAAUAGCACUCUCUGCUUUGUACGGUAUAAAUAG